GUCGGUCCCUAAAAGCGGCUUCGCGGAAAACGGAAGUGGAGUCAUUGCGGACGGUCCCUGAAGUUUCUGAUGAAAUCUCCAGCCGGAGCUAACGGACGAAGCUAACCGACGGUCAGACGGAACCACACGGCGGUAAACCUGCCCUCUGAAACGGCACUAACACCAGGAGACACAAAACUGGACACAGAAGCGAAUCUGUGGCGGUUUUAAAUCGAAUAUUUGACACUUUAGUGGCAUCUCGGUUGACUGAACGUCGAGCUAAUUAGCUCAUUGUGCUAAGCUAACCUGCUAACUACCGUCACCCCGGAGGAGACCUCCACCGGCCGCCACCUUUACCGGAGCCUGAAAUCAGACAAAAUGGCCCGUUUGUCGUGUUCACUCCUGGAUCUCCCUUCGCUCCGUGACUCCACCGCGCUGUGCCCCUCCGUGUGUCCCGGCUCCGAGUUCUCCACCAGGAAGAAGUCCAACCACCAUUCCCAGCUCACCGCCGCGAACAGAGCCGCGCUCACGGACGAUGUUUCCUGGGUGUCCUAUGUGUCUAACGGUCGGUAUGUGUUCUAGUCCGGUACACGCCGAGAUUCUAUAGAAAGGCCCGGUGUGAGUGAAGGAGAGCGCCGUUAGUCGGUGCCGCUGACCGGCAGUGAAUCGGGGCUGAACCGCAUCGGUUUGACAGCUGUCAGCGCAGAGAGCCGCCUGUCUCCGCGUUACCGCAGAGUUCAGCUCAGUUCGUGUCAGAAAAGUAGAUUUUUGCACUUUAAGUUGUUAAAAUGUUCAGGAAUAUGAGUAGUGAAGGACACUUAUCCGGCGGGCACAGCCCGGCCUCUUCGCCCGGCCAUGGAGUCUCCUCCCCUGGCCUUGUUAGCCAGGAAAGCUCGUGGAUCGGGCUGCUGUCCAGGCCUGCGCUGGCCCUCCUGCAGAGGGUCCUGCCGGGCCCACGGGUCCGGAGCCCGGCUCUGGCUGAGAAGGGCCCCGGCUGGCUGCCUGUGGAUUUAAACACCAGCUUUGUCCAUGAAGAAAGUGAGUUUUUACAACAGCUGGAUGGCAUGAUGCCGCUGACGCAGCACCCGCCGCCUCACCUGUCCUACCUGCGGUGUGACCACGGCGGCCCUCUGGAGCCGCAGCUCUGCGGAGCCUCAGCCUGGAUGACCGCGGACUCUCUACGGGAAAUGGGCCUCCAGAACGCCGCAGAACUGGACCUGAACCUGUGCCAGCAGACUCAACUGGGAUACUUCUCUUCUGUCAGGACUUUCCUGAACCAGGUUCUACUGAGCUCCCAGGACUUGAGACCCCCCAGUGACUGGGUGUUGGAGGCCGGGGGCCCUCCAGUGAAGGGCGGCACUGGUCGGGGCCGGUGGGGCAGCUUCUGGGGGGCCGAGGAGGGCUCUCAGAGGGGGCUGCUGUCAGACCUGUCCUUGGUGGAGGACGGGACAGCUCCGGGUCUGCUUUGUCCUCCACCCGGGACAAAAGCCACCCCAGUGUUUUUCCCCAGUAGAGAAUGGAGGCUGGGAGAACCCUCUGGACCGAGCCUCCACAAAGAGCAGCCCGCCAACAGAGGAGGCCUCCAAACCGUCCAGAGCAUGGAGGGGUCCGAGGCAGACCUCCAGCUCAGCAUCCGGACCCAUCUGAGCAGCGAGGUGGCGGUUCUGACCCGGGAGCAGGACCACGGUUACUGCAGCCUGGAGGAGGAGCAGCUGAAGGCCCGGACACCGGAGGGUUCGGCUGGUGAUGAGGAGCCUCCAGCAGCCCAGCAGGGUGGUUCUGGGUGGCCCGUGGAUCUGAGCACCCCCCAGUGUCAGAACAAGGCCAUCGCCUUCAUCAUGGGCUGCCCCUGCAGUGACGACGACGACAGCAGCCAAUCAGACACCGGCGGCGACGACGGCUUUGACAGUGAGGGCUUGUCCGACCUGUCCGAAUCCACGGGCGAGGAUGAGGAUGAGGACUCGGAAGUGGACUCAGAGUCGGAACGUCUGUGGAGCUCCUUGUGCCAGAGCCACGACCCGUACAACCCCCAGAACUUCACUGCCCGGCUGCAGAGCGGCACCGGGCCCCGGUCCAUCCCCGGCUCCACGCCUCCAUCCUCCCCCCGGUCCUCCCCCUGGUCCUCCCCUGCCUCCUCCAUCUCCUCCUCGCCUCCCUCUGGACUGGACGUCUGGGAGGACUCGGCGUCAGCCAGCGAGGCAGAUGAAGCCGAAAGCCUCCGUCUGUGGAGCUCCUUCAGCUCCUCCGACCCCUACAGCCCCUUCAACUUCCAGGCUCCGCUCAGGACUCAGGGGCCCGCCGAGGCCCCCAGCGGAGCCCAGACCCAGGGGAAGAAGGCCUCACCGACACCCCGACCAGCACUGGCAUCCGAGUACCAGAGAAAGGAGGCCGAGGAGAGACUGGACAGCGGCUUCUCCGAACUAUCCAGAACUCAGAGCUGCAGUGUCAGCAAGAAGGUGCGUUUCAGUGAUGUCAUAGAGGAGUUCUUCCUGGGUUCUGAGGACCGUCGGGGUCCAUGGGAGGAGUUAGCUCGUGAUCGUUGUCGUUUCCUGCGUCGCUGCCAAGAGGUGGAGCAGAGCAUCUCCUUCGUGUUGCAGCCGCAGCACCGCCGCAGCGUGCAGCAGCGCAUGGAGGCCUCCUACCUGCUGGACCAUGAGGAGCUGCAGAGGAGCAGCUCAGACUGAUGCAGCUGUCAACCCAAACAUGCAGCGAUGCGGAGCCACAGUAAGGUGGUGUUAUUAAGGUUGUAUGGGGUUUGAAGGGCUCGUGGUCACUGUGAGGAACAUCUCCAGGUCUGCUGUCUCCAGCUGCUCUAGAUUAUUUUUCUAACCCAGAGGAGGACCUGAUGUUCAGCAAGAGCUGAGAGACGUUUGAUGGACUGAUGGAAGGACCCCAUCUCCACAAGAUCUUUAAUUACCGACUUUAUCUCCACAAGAUCUUUAAUUACCGACUUUAUCUCCACAAGAUCUUUAAUUACCGACUUUAUCUCCACAAGAUCUUUAAUUACCGACUUUAUCUCCACAAGAUCUUUAAUUACCGACUUUAUCUCCACAAGAUCUUUAAUUACCGACUUUAUCUCCACAAGAUCUUUAAUUAACGACUUUAUCUCCUCAAGAUCUUUAAUUACCGACUUUAUCUCCUCAAGAUCUUUAAUUACCGACUUUAUCUCCUCAAGAUCUUUAAUUACCGACUUUAUCUCCUCAAGAUCUUUAAUUACCGACUUUAUCUCCGCAAGAUCUUUAAUUAACGACUUUAUCUCCUCAAGAUCUUAAAUUACCGACUUUAUCUCCUCAAGAUCUUUAAUUACCGACUUUAUCUCCACAAGAUCUUUAAUUACCGACUUUAUCUCCUCAAGAUCUUUAAUUACCGACUUUAUCUCCGCAAGAUCUUUAAUUACCGACUUUAUCUCCGCAAGAUCUUAAAUUACCGACUUUAUCACCACAAGAUCUUUAAUUAACGACUUUAUCUCCACAAGAUCUUUAAUUAGCGACUUUGUCUCCACAAGAUCUUUGAUUAACGACUUUAUCUCCACAAGAUCUUUGAUUAACGACUUUAUCUCCACAAGAUCUUUAAUUAACGACUUUAUCUCCACAAGAUCUUUAAUUAACGACUUUGUCUCCACAAGAUCUUUGAUUAACGACUUUGUCUCCACAAGAUCUUUGAUUAACGACUUUAUCUCCACAAGAUCUUUGAUUAACGACUUUAUCUCCACAAGAUCUUUAAUUACCGACUUUAUCUCCACAAGAUCUUUGAUUAACGACUUUGUCUCCACAAGGUCUUUGAUUAACGACUUUGUCUCCACAAGAUCUUUGAUUAACGACUUUGUCUCCACAAGAUCUUUGAUUAACGACUUUGUCUCCACAAGAUCUUUGAUUAACGACUUUGUCUCCACAAGAUCUUUGAUUAACGACUUUGUCUCCACAAGGUCUUUGAUUAACGACUUUGUCUCCACAAGAUCUUUGAUUAACGACUUUGUCUCCACAAGAUCUUUGAUUAACGACUUUGUCUCCACAAGAUCUUUGAUUAACGACUUUGUCUCCACAAGAUCUUUGAUUAACGACUUUAUCACCACAAGAUCUUUAAUUACCGACUUUAUCUCCACAAGAUCUUUGAUUAACGACUUUGUCUCCACAAGAUCUUUGAUUAACGACUUUAUCUCCACAAGAUCUUUAACGACUUUAUCACCACAAGGUCUUUGAUUAACGACUUUAUCUCCACAAGGUCUUUGAUUAACGACUUUAUCUCCACAAGGUCUUUCAUUCAUGAAUCUAAAUCGUUCAGUUUGUUUCUCGUCAGUUCCAGAAGAACGCAGAUGAUUAAUUCCUGAUGUUUAUCAGAAAUAUUCUCUUUUACAUCAACCAAUCAGCAGCUGAAGAUUUAAGUUUGGAAAUAGGAAAUAUUCCUGAUUGAUCAGCUGCUGAUUGAUCAGUUCGGUAUUAAUCUUAUUGAUCAAUGCUUCUGGUGUCUUUCUUCUGACAGUAAACUGCAGGAAACUGAUCCUCAUUUAUUAUUUAGAGUCCAGCAGCUGAUUGAUGGAUCAGAAUCAUUGAUGGAUCAGUCAUUGAUCAAUCAUCUGCUUGCCUUCCUGUUUCCUCUUUAAAGCCAAAGAUGUCUAAUCACCAAUAAUCAAUAAUCACUUCUAAUCAGUCUGAUCGAGUCAGUGUGCUGUGAGUCCAUGAACUGAAUGUCCAGCAGGAGGCGCUGCCACGUGUUCCAGCUGAUCUAUGGGAAAAGUUCCACAAGCAGGUGUUCUGCUCCAGAUGUUCGAAAAGUUCCACAACAUUUGCUUCUGGAACUUUCCACACCCUAACCAAGCCCUAACCUAGAACAUCUGGACCUGAAUGUCUUGGGUUGAAUGUUGGACCAGAAUGUUCUGCUCCAGAUGUUCUGCUCCAGAUGUUCUGCUCCAGAUGUGUUCAGAACUUCUAUGCUGAGCUAGAAGCAGAAACUGCAGAAAUGAUUUCUCCAUGAAUCUUUAUUGAACAAGAAGUCAGUUUGAGAAUAAAAACAGUGGGAACUUUAAAACAGUGGGAACAUUACUACAGUGGGAACGUUAAACAGUUAGAACGUUUGAACGGCAAAGAGGACUGAAAAGUUAAAGAACCAAACUUCAGGGUUCCUGUCGGAACUAAAAGGUUCUUGUAUAAAACAUCAGAACUCUGAAGGAGAACUUCAGCUGGGCGUUCAGUUCACAUUAAUGAAGGUUUCUGCACCAACCACGGCCGCACGCUAACAUGCUAACAGGUGUGUUGGAGCUCCAGGAUGGACACGUGUUGAAUCUGACAUCCGUGUUUGUGAGGACAUACAGACUGAACCUCAGGAGGAGCUCUGGUGUUCUUUUAGAAAAGCUUUUAUUUUUCUAACGUUUGGUUUGGUUGGUUCUGCUUCAUCUCCUCAGAUCAAUAAGAAUAAAAUCAAUAUUUAAUGAUC